AUGAGUUUGAAAAGGAAGCAAAUGUCUAUAGAUCUAAAAACUAAGCAACUAAUUUUAGUAGAAGUCGAAAAAGGUACACUGCCUAAAACCAAAAUCGCGGAGAAAUUUGGCAUUCCAAAAUCAACAUUAUCAACAAUUAUUAAAAAUAAAGAUAAGAUUGACGAAGCAGUUACCAACAGUACAAAGCGUCUACGAAAACCCAUGCUUGAAGACGUUAAAAAGGAACUUUUGAAGUGGUUCAAAAAAGCCAGAGACUCCAACAUUCCACUAUCAGGUGCACUUGUGAGGGAGAAAGCAAAGGAGAUUUGUACUUCCAAUGGCGUUGAGCAUAUGGCGUGUUCUGAUGGCUGGUUAUGGAAAUUUCAAAAACGGUAUAAUAUUUCUUGUCAUGUUUUGAGCGGCGAGGCAAAUAAAGUUGCAGAUGAAGACGUAAAUAAAUGGCUUCAAGGGUUUGUAAAGGUGAGGCAAUCCUAUAGCGAAAAUGAUAUCUUCAAUAUUGAUGAGACCGGUGUUUUUUAUAAUUUAUUGCCCGACCGUUCAUUGGAUUUUAAAGGAGUGAAGUCGCAUGGGGGUGCAAAGAGUAAGGAGAGAUUGACUGUUGUGUUGUGCUGCAACUCUACUGGGUCGGAAAAACUCAAGCUUUGGGUGAUAGGCAAAUAUCAAAACCCCAGAUGCUUUAAAAACGUAAAUAAGCUUAGUCUUCCAUUCGAAUACACUAAUCAAAAAAACGCGUGGGUCGAUUCAACAUCUUUUCGCCUAUGGUUACUUAAAUUUCAACGAAAAAUGGCACUUCAGAAUAGAAAUGUACUUUUGACUAUGGACAAUUGCAGUGCCCAUAAUAAUAUUGGAGACCUGGAAUUGCCAAACGUAAAAAUAGUUUAUUUUCCUCCAAAUUGCACAUCCAGGUUACAACCUCUGGAUCAAGGGAUAAUUGCAGCUUUUAAAUGA